UCUGCUGGCCGCCUCUCGUGAUCACUGCUCUGCAGACUUCAGCCUCCAGCAGCACAGAGACCACAGAGACAUUUCCCCUGCUUGUGCACAAUUGAAAAGCAUGAGGCAUAUAGUGAUUCUGAUGACUCUCAUAAGUGGUGCGUUUGCCGCUCCAUUUGUGAAGGGUGAGCAGGCCAGGAAAUUUUUACGUCUAAAGAGACAGUCUGACUACUGGGACCCCAAUUACGCUCAGAACCAGUGGGGUUACACCUUACAGGAGCAGGCAAAUGAAUACUAUACUGAUCUGAGAACAAAUGCUCAGUAUUACAUGGACAUGGGAAGCCUGGUGUUUGACCGCUCUCUGGCUGAUGAGACCAAUAGGCUCUACAUGGAGAUGCUGAGGGAUGUAAGAGCACAGCUGGAUGCACACACAGGCCAACAGUGAUUGAUAUGGACAAAAACGAUUGAUUGAUUGAGUCUGUGGCGAGUGCUGAGGCAGCUUUGCUGAUCUAAGGGUUGUGAGCAGAGCAGCAGCCAAUUUUUGGCCAAGAGUUCUCUCAGAGAUUGCAUUUAGUUUGCAGCAAUGCUUAUUAGCAUAGUAUAAAGCGCCUAUACAGUAUGGAGGACUAGGAGAGCACUUAAAAAUACCAUUAUCAAUGCAUUGUAUCAGAUAUAGAAAAGUGGGAAAUGCUUUGUAAAAAUGAAAACAUAAAAUGCAAAAUGUUGAAUUAGCAAUUCGUUUUAUUGUUCUUUUUUAUUUUAUUUCACAAAUUAAACAAAUUAAAUCUAUGUUAUAUAUAUAUAUAUAUAUAUAUAUUUGAGCAUUUAUUUAUUUACAUUUUUAUUUUUGGAAUUCAUUUUUCAGUGCCACUUACAACCUUCCAUAGAUUACAAGAUAUGCCAACCAGUAAUAGUAAACUGUUUUAUAGUAUUGUAAACAGUAUUUUAAAUAAAUAAAUACAUUUUGUAUAAUUAUUGUACAGUUCUUAAGACUAUACGAAAUAUAUGUAGCCUACUUAACAGUUAGUUGUAAUAGAUAUUAAAUAAAAAAUCAUGUCAGCAACUAACAUGUCAUUUGCCUUUUUUAACAUACUGUAAUCUACUGUUGCCUUGAGGCUAAAAAAAAGUGUAUCCUACUGUAUAUAAUUUGCCAACUUCCUGGGCCUAUUUAUAUUUUCAGUUCUAUGUAUCCUACGAGACACAAUAUAUUUGCAAUUACUUAAUAAACAAGUGUGCAUUUUACACCUCUGUUGGAUUGAUUGAAAUGAAAGUGCUUAAAGUGUU